AUGAAGAUGGUUCGCCUUGAGGCCGCCGGCGCGCUGCUGGCGGCGCUGCUGCUGUGCGCGGGCCUCGACCCCGCGACCGCCAGGGGCGUCCCCGCGCGGUCCGCCAGCACGACCAGCACCGAGGCGACGCCCGCCCACCACCAGCCGGCCACCAAGCGCGACCUGGAGAACGACAUCGACUUCGACGGGCUGGUCUCCAGCGGCGAGCAAUCCAGUACAGUGGAACAGGUACUGAACCAGUCACGCGGUGUCGCCGUCGACGCGGAGGAGACCGUCGCGGAGGUGCAGAGGAUCCUGGACCGCCACCCGAAGCUUCCGCGGCUGUCCCGGGGAGACAUCCUCGCCAUCCUGGAGAACAUCACCAAGUCGUCGACGGACUUCGCGGACGCCGCCGUGACGACCGCCUCCUCUCUGACGACGACCUGGUCGGCGAGCGGCGAGCAGACCGACAGCCUGGACACGGUGUACGCCACGGAGCCGACCACGCCCACGCCAGAGGGGGGCGUGGCCAUGGUGGUCAGCACCACCAGUGACCCGGAAGGAGCCGACGGCAGCGCCACGACGCCGGGGCUGGCCGGGCCGGACGCCAAGGGACGCGUGGAGCACGCGAGGGAACUCAUGGUGGUGCUGCCGUUCAGCGCCACGAACCUCAGCGAGACCAACAUCAAGGAGCUGUACACCAAGGCGCCGCUCACGCGUAUCAUAGGCGACGAGCCAGGCAACGAGUACCCCAGCAGGCCGCCCCCGCGGAAGUCGUCGCGGCCGCACCGCCGGCGCCCCACGGCCACACCUGCCCCGACGACCACGCCGCCUGCCACCCCCGCGUCGUCGCUCGCCGACUACAAGGUGAUCGAGGACCUGGAGAGCGACGCGCCGCCCCCCGCGCAGGAGGUGUUCGUCACUCCGCCGAGUCAGCGAGUGCGGGCGCCGGAGAGGAAGCGGCCCCAGUACACGGACCAGCAGCAGCGGUGGCGCGCGCCGGCCACCCCGACCCCCGCGCCGGAAGCCUCGUCCUUCGAGGAGGACGACGUGGACUACACGACCAAGAAGCGGCGCCCGGGAUCCACGGGGCGACCCUGGCGGGGGCAGCGGAGGACCACGGCCUUGCCCACCACGACCACGUCCACCACCUCGGCGCCAACUGAAGGCACGGUGGAGCCCACCGUGAUCCCCAGCAACCACAAGCCCGUGUACACCGAGCCCACCGUCAAGCCGUGGCGAGGAACCACCCCGCCGCCCGCCGUGCCCUCCAGCACCAAGAAGGCCAUUGCUGCCAGCAAGUACAAGCCGGACUACGACGCGGACAUCGUCAAGAAGCUGACGCCCGGAGGGUGGAACCCUGUGGCCGCCGAGCCGGGCAAGGACGCCAAGCGAAAGGGGCCCGGGGCCCGGCCCGCACCGCCACGCGGCACCCCGCUGCCCUCGCUGCACGACGUGAAGAACGCCAUGCUGCCCGCCACCACCAUGCGCCCCGUCCUGCGCGACGACGUCAAGGAACUGCUGGCGUCCAUCGGCCUCAAGACCGGCGCCAUCAACGUGGGCGUCGCGCCGAAGCGCAGCACCCUGGCGCCCACCACGGCCACCACGACGACCACCACGACGACCACCACAGAGCCACCCUACCCCAACGCGGCGAACGCUGCUGACUCGCUGACGCCCGAGAUGAAGGAGAUCCUCAUGUCCAUCGGGCUGCUGCCGCGCAAGGGCGAGCCGCCACUGCCAGUCCCGGGGGCGAUGCCGACGCCGGCGUCGCAGGGCCCCGUCAUCACGACGCAGCCCGUGGUGCCCGCCAUUGACCCCAGCUCCUACGUGCAGUUCAAGCCGCUGCCCCUCGCCUCCCAGCGCCCCGACGGCCCGCCCGCGCCCACCGGCCAAGUCAGCGAGGACAUGCAGGAGUUCCUGGCGUCGUUUGGCCUGGUCCCGGCCAUCCAGUCCGCCCGCAUCGUGUCCCGCCCCGAAGAGUACAUCAACAUGGACGACCUGUCGUCGGCUCGACGUGGCGCCAAGGCGAUGCAGGCCGCCGCCGUGGAGGACGCCGCGGUGGAUGCCGCGAUGGACGCCUCCCCCGCGGUGGUUCCCGCCGAACCAGAGACGGACCCGGACAACACGUCCUACGCCGAGCUUGGCAGCGAGGAGCCACUGCCCACCGCGGCCAGCCUGCUGCCCGAGGGCGCCGCGGAUGCCGCCGACGCCGCCGACGCGACGGUGCUGGAAAGCCUGUCGCUGCCGGACGACGUGAAGGCGGCGCUGGACAACCUCGGGCUGACGAGCGACUCUCAGACAUCGGCGACCGCGCCGUCGAGAAACGGCAAGCGCAUCGACGGCGUGGGCAAGAAGCACGUGUUCAACCCAGUGGCGCACUCGGCCAAGCUGGACGACCGCCGCGAGGCCGAGAAGGUCAUUAAGCUGCUGUCCAGCAUCCGCGUGCUGCCCAUCGGGCCCAACGGCACCGCCAUCAUCCCCGUGGACAUCAUCGCCGACCUGGUGGCCUCCACGGCGCCGACCAGCGCCACCACGCCGGCGACCUCCACCACGGCCUCGUUCGGGUUCAGGAAGAAGGAGAAGAAGCAGUCGGGGCGCCGGCGGCCGCAGAAGCAGGACGACGAGCACCGCCUGGUGGAGGACAGUGGACCCAGCCCGCUGUCCAGCGAGGAGCUGCGCCUGUUCCUGGACGCCGCCAAGAACGAAGUGAAGCGCCAGCAGACCGCCAGCAGCGCGUCGAGCAGCUCGUCAAGCAGCGCAUCAUCGUCUAGCUCGUCAUCGUCGAGCUCGUCCUCGUCGUCAAGCAGUGACACUGCUGUAACAGCGUACGACGAAAAUGCGGCUGAGAUCCCCACCACAGUCAGUGAUAGCGAUAGCGUGGGGGACUCAGCCUCCAGUUCGGGGACGACCCCCGCCAUGUCGUCCAGCACCAGCACCACGACGACGACCACCACGACCACCGAGGCGCCGACCGCCAACCUGGACGACCUGGCAGCCUCGUUCGGCGGGGAUGGCGACAGGCCAAAGAUCGCGGCCCCCGUGGACACGCUGCCCCCCGCCAGGCCCAACGGCCUGUACUUCCUGUUCGACUGGAACACCUUCCUCAACGUGGGCGAGGAGGGCAAGAACCCCGUCAAGCUCAACUUCGCCCCGCGCAUCGGUGACCCAAAGAGAUUUAUAGAAGUUAAAGUUCCCUGAGUCUCCUUAGCCUGAAGCCCUUUAUUGACUGAACAGAUGGCUUCUCAAAGCCUCUUUGUACCAAAAGGAGUGAAAUACAUUGCGUUUCAUAGUGUCUGAAACAACGAUAAAAAAUGGUAAUACUUGCAGCACACAAGGGCAGUGUGACUUGCCUCUCUCUAUUUUCUGAAGUCAUUCUCCAACUACAAAUAUACACUGUUUAAGUGUGCUUCAAUGUGAUGGUAGGGUCUAUUUAAAUUUUGUGUAAAUAUAGUAAUUUAAGAUGUAAUCUUAUGUGAACAACAUAAAAUAAAUAUUA